UUGGUGAAAGGACAGCAGUCAGCUAACUUUUCUUAGUUACAUAAGCAUAAAAAUAAUAAAAGAAGGGAGUAUAAUUAGCAAACAUGGGUUUUGUAAGGCACGUCGUGUGCGCCAUGUCCGGCGGCGUCGACAGCUCCGUGGCGGCGUUGUUACUGAAGAGAAGAGGCUACAGUGUGACAGGAGUGUUUAUGAAGAACUGGGACUCUCUGGAUGAAAGCGGGCUGUGCACCUCAGAGAGAGACUGUGAAGACGCCUAUAAAGUGUGCAAGACUCUGGACAUCCCCUUCCACCAAGUGUCUUAUGUCAAAGAGUACUGGCAUGAAGUUUUUAGUAAUCUGUUGAAGGAAUAUGAGAAAGGCAGGACUCCAAACCCAGAUAUACUGUGCAACAAGCACAUCAAAUUCAACCAUUUCCACAAGUAUGCCAUCAACACUCUGGGUGCUGAUGCCAUGGCAACGGGCCACUAUGCUCGGACGUCCCAGGAAGACACAGAGGUUUUUCAGCAGACAUACACAGCCCCGCCCACCAAGCUCUUCAGAGAUCGUUUUGAGAUCAGAAAUCCGGUGAGGCUGCACAAGGGAGCAGAUCUCUUCAAAGACCAAACCUUCUUCCUCAGUCAGAUCUCACAAGACGCCUUACGACAAACCAUGUUCCCACUCGCCGGACUCACCAAAGAGUUUGUGAAAAAGAUUGCUGCUGAAGCCGGGUUUCACCACGUACUGAAGAAGAAAGAGAGCAUGGGCAUCUGCUUCAUUGGAGAGAGAAACUUUGAAAACUUUAUUUUAGAGUAUCUAGAAUCUAAACCAGGAAAUUUUGUCUCCAUUGAGGACGGGGCCAUAAAAGGAGAACACAAAGGCUGGUUCACUCUGACGCUGGGCCAGAGGGCGAGGAUAGGAGGGCAGAAAGACGCCUGGUUUGUGGUGGACAAAGACAUCACUACUGGAGACGUGUUUGUGGCUCCAUCUACCGAUCACUCGUCUCUUUACCGUGACACAAUGCGGACGGAUCGCUUCCACUGGAUAGCAGAUGAACCGCCUCCAGCACUAGCCAGGACCAAGAUGAUGGAGUGUCACUUCCGCUUCAUCCACCAGAUGCCACUCACUCCCUGUACUGUGACUCUAAACAUGGACGGUUCUGUGUGGAUCUCACUCUCCCAACCGGUUAGAGCUCUGACACCUGGACAGUUUGCUGUACUCUACAAAGGGGACGAAUGUCUGGGUAGUGGGAAGAUCAUCCAGAUGGGGCCCAGUGAAUACACACUCCAGCAGGGCCGAGAGCGUUUGAUAGCAGCCGCACAGCAGAAGGAGAAGCAGACCCCAGAGCCAGUCAGCUGAGACGACCUCACAGCCCUGCCGUGGUGGAAGUGCACUCUGUCCGGUACAUUAGAGCACACUGAUUAGGAAAAUAAACAGUUUCUUGGGGCUUUAUGGUAAAUAGAUGGCACUUGUAUAGCGCCUUUCUAGUCUUCCGACUCUAAACCACAUUCACCCGUUUAUAAGCUGACGGCAGGGGCUACCUUGCAAAGUUCCAAUCUGCUCACCACGAGGAUCUAAUCAUUCAUACACAAUCUCACAAUUUGGGGUUCAGUAUCUUGCACAAGGACACUUCCACAUGUGGAAUGGAGGAGCUGGGAAUCAAACUGCUGAUCUUUCGAUUAGUGGACGACCCGCUCUACCUCCGGACCACAGCCGUGCUGCUGCUGGUGAGCUCAACAGUAUUGAUGGUUACACACUGUGAGUUUACACUACAUGGUAAUAAGCUGGUUUACUAAGCAACAGUAACCUCAGUUUGAAAGGAAAUGAAACGUUUCAAAUCUUCACUUGUACUUCUAACAUCUCAUCCACUUCAACACCAUAGCAAACGUUUCAGGUACAGUAUGCCUGUUUCUGCUUGUGUCAUAAUUUAUACCAAGGUAAUUCUCCACUGAACCUUCAUGAUGGAAGUAGUUGUGCUGUUAUUGAUGAAUAUGCAUUAUAAGGAACAGCACCUUUAACUAGGUUUUAUUUAGGCAAAAAAAAGGAUAAUCAUGUACUUGAUCUGGUGUAUGUAUUUAAGAAGAAUGCACGCGGUUUAAAGCUUUGUAAUGACCCAAAGGAAGGAGGCGGAGGUUCUUGUGGGGACUCAGACUCAUCAGUGAAUGAAAGUGGCACCAAUAUUCUCUUUUUUUAUUCAGUGUAAAGAUAUUAAAAAUUAAAAGUUGACAUUUCGCUUUUCUUGGCAUCUUUGAGGCUAUUUGUUUUCUCAAUGACACUCUCCUUGCUCCUUCAGCUUUUACACUGUUACUCGUGUUAACCCUACCUCUGAGCCAACUGCAAACCUGUAGGACUAGUGAAAACCCUUUCUUAUAUGUGUUAUAACAUUUUAACACAGCUACAUCCAGGUUUAGUAUUUGAUGUUGACGGUUCCUUAGUCAUCAAUUUUCAUCUAUUCCAUGACUCUGCUUGGUUCUUUGAGUCACUGUCACAAAACAUGCCAGUUCUUCUUUUCCUUAAUACAAAUCGAGUUAGUAGGAUAAAAACAAAGUAAAUGUGUGUUUGUUGUUUGGAAGUUUUCUCCUUUUAUUCUGUUCUAAAGUCAGUUAAAAUUAUUGACUAAAGAUUUGCCAAGUUAACAAAAAAUGGAAACUGAAUGCAAAAAGAAAAGGGCAAAUAUGAUGGUUCGUGAAAUUUGUAACAAAAGAUAGAAGCAGAUUUAAGUUUUUAUUACUCCUCUGUUUUAUACUCUCAUGAAUUUUGAUGCCCUGUUUAUUUUUAAAUAUUCAUAUUUUAAUUCUUUGUUGGAAAAAUCCUACAAGAAGACUUUCAGUGCCUUUCCUCUUUGGUUGACGUUGUGUACAAACUGUAAAUACUUGACAUUUUAAAAGUGAGUGAAUAAACCUGAUAAAUGGUAUAUCGACUUGUUUUUCAUCUGCCUGUAUAUUUAA